AUGAAGAUUACUGCGUUUACAGCGAACAAAGUCACAGGCAACAUGAAAGCAGUUAACUGGGCCAGGUGUGCCAAGAACUGGAGCCACCUAAAAGAUAUAAACUUCCCUUAUCUGUGGCCACGCACGAUUGUUGAUAUCCUGAUCGGUAUCGAUUAUGCUGAUCUACACUAUUCAAUCAAAGAUGUAAGAGGGAAACCAGGCGAGCCAGUGGCAAGAUUAACACCGUUAGGAUGGACAUGUAUCGGACAUCCCAGCGUAUGUCAUGAGAAGGGUUAUCGGACAAACUUUAUACGUACUUACUUCGUGCGUGAGGAACCAAGUAUUGAGUUGAGCAACGCUAUUCGAAAGUUCUGGGACAUUGAAGACGACGGAUUACAGAUGAAAACCAAGAUAUUAAAGCCAGAAGAUCAAAUCGCACUGGAAGCACUUAAGAGGUCAAUAAAGUUUGAAGAUGGACGAUACGAGAUUGGAGUACCAUGGAAGGGAGAGAAACCGCUCAUGCCAGACAACUACGAGACCGCGCUGCGGCGGUUGCAGAAUACAGAGAAACGGCUGUGCAGGGAUCCAGAGAUAGGAAAGAGUUACUCAGACGUGAUCAAUCAGUACGAUGAAAAGGGUUACAUAAGAAAGGUUCCAGAAACGGAGAAAAGGCCAAGGGAAUCAUGGUAUUUGCCCCACUUCGCUGUCGUAAGACUAGACAAAGAAACGACGAAGACGAGAAUCGYAUUUGAUGCGUCCGCUAAGUGCGGCGGGAUUUCCCUGAAUGACGUCAUUCACCAAGGACCCAAGUUGCAGCGUGAACUUUUCAGUGUUUUACUACGAUUUCGCAAGAACCCCGUAGCAUUAGUGUGCGACAUCGCAGAAAUGUACUUACGAAUAAGCCUAGCACCAGAAGACAGACCAUUUYAUCGAUUCUUGUGGAGAUCGUUGGAUCAGACUAGGGCACCAGAUGUGUACGAGUUCAAUAGAGUAGUUUUUGGGGUGAAUUCGUCACCAUUCCAAGCUCAGUUUGUCACGCAAGAGCAUGCGCUGAAGCAUAAAGAACAAUUUCCAGUGGCAGCAGAGACGAAUUUGAAGUCAACCUACAUGGACGAUAGCAUGGACUCUACUUCAGAUGACGACACAGGAAUAGAACUGUACAGACAGUUAUCAGAAUUGUGGGAAAGAGCUGGAAUGCAUGCGAGAAAAUGGCUAUCGAAUUCCCCAAAGGUGCUGGAGCAAAUACCGGUCGAUGACAGAGCCUCCGAGGUAGACUUAGACCAAGGCCAUCUACCAUUGGUAAAGACGCUUGGGGUACUGUGGGUAGCUGAGGAAGACAUGUUCACCUACAAGGCACACCCACCAGGAAAGGAAUUCAAGUUUACAAAGCGGAACUUUCUCAAGAGUAUCGCAACACUCUUCGAUCCCUUGGGUUUUCUAGCACCAUACAUCGUUCGCGCCAAAAUCAUUCUACAGGAAAUGUGGACCACCGGGAUAGACUGGGAUGAACAAAUGAAAGAGGAACAAGCAAAAAAGGCAAGACAAUGGUUCCAAGAGUUGGAGUCCCUACAGUGCGUACGAGUUCCGCGAUGCCUGCAACCUAAUUUUGGUGUGGUGAUUUCAACAAGUUUACAUUCGUUUGCCGACGCUUCAACAGCGGCGUAUGGAGCAGUGGUGUACGCAAGAAGUGAGAACAAAAGUGGGAUCGUUACUGUACGAAUGGUGGCAUCGAAAUCAAAGGUCGCACCGCUUACAGCCAUGAGUAUAGGACGUCUUGAGUUGAUGGGGGCAGUGUUAAAAUUGAGAUUGAGUAUGUCAAUAGCCAAGGCAUUAGACAUUGAUCCAAGCUUAACCACGUACUGGUCAGACAGUAUGAACGUGCUAUGGUGGAUACACCGACCAAGUAGAGUCUUCAAGUCAUUUGUAGCAAACCGAAUCGGAGAGAUCCAAUCAUCAAGUAACCCUAACCAAUGGAGAUACGUGCCAACCGAUGACAAUCCAGCGGAUUUUGUCACCAGAGGAUUAACAGUUCCAGAACUUGCCGAAAAGAUUUCAUGGUGGGAAGGACCGAGUUACCUCAAAGAGAAACCAUCAGACUGGCCAAUGAACAAGAUCCCACAUUCCAGUGCAUUUGAUACAGAAGUAAGGAAAACAAAAAGGUGCCAGCUAGACACCUGCGAUAAAAGAGGCAGAACGAUGGUGGUUAUCAAAGGAGAAGACGAACCGCGCUUAGAACCAAAACGUUUUUCAAGUUGGUUGAGACUAACCAGAAUCCAAACAUGGAUUUACCGCUUCCUGAACAACUGCUUACUUCCAAGCAGUAAACGAACAAGGGAUGAGCUGACUGUCGAGGAAAUCCAGGAUGCUGAGAACAGGAUUAUAAAAGCAGCACAGAAAAGGGCAUUUGAAGCAGAGUAUUCAGCAUUAUCCUCUGGAAAACCACUUCCCAUCACCAGCAAGUUACUUACGUUAAAGCCAAGACUGGACGAAGACGGUGUGAUGAGGUCAUAUGGCCGAUUAGAGAAUGCCGAGUACUUACCAUACGAUGUCAAGUAUCCCAUAAUAUUGCCUAGAAAAGAGUGGGUAACUAGCCUGAUAGUAAGGUGGUUUCAUCAGCAAGGAAAUCACACAGCAGGGACAAACCAAACGUUAGCAAUGCUUUCGUCGCGUUUCUGGGUAAUGCAAGGUCGAGAAGAAAUUAGAGAGUGCGAAGGAGAAUGUUACGAAUGCCGAAGACGAAAAGCAAAGGCAGCUCAGCAAAUCAUGGCACCUCUACCAAAGAUCAGGCUUAAGAUGCCGCUUCGUGCUUUCGCUCGCACAGCAGUUGAUUUUGGAGGCCCAUUUAUAACAAUCCAAGUAAGAGGACAGCGUAGAGCUAAAAGAUACCUUUGCCUGUUCACGUGCUUAACUUCAAGAGCGGUACAUCUGGAGAUUGCAUUUGGUCUCGACACUGAUUCAUUUCUCAAUGCGUUUUAUCGAAUGGCAAGUCGACGAGGGCUUCCAGAAGAAAUGAUUUCGGAUAAUGGAACCAAUUUCGUGGGAGCCGAUCGAGAACUACGAGAGCUGGUAGAGAAACUAGACAAGAACAAGAUUGCAAGUUCAACUGCAAAUAGAGGGGUAAAAUGGCAUUUUAACCCUCCUCUGGCUCCUCACUUUGGGGGCGUACACGAGACGAUGAUAAAGGCAGCAAAGAGAGCAAUAUGUUGA